UACGUCAUCGGGGUGCGCCUACGUUCUUUCUUUCUCUCGUCCUGAAGAUGGCGGCAGGGACUCUGUACACUUACCCAGAGAACUGGAGGGCCUUCAAGGCUCAGAUUGCUGCCCAGUACAGCGGCGCUGCCCUCAAAGUGGCCAGCAGUGCCCCUGCCUUUACCUUCGGGCAGACGAACCGCACUCCUGCCUUCCUCAACAACUUCCCCCAGGGCAAGGUACCUGCCUACCAGGGAGAUGAUGGUUUCUGUCUGUUUGAGAGUAACGCCAUUGCUCAUUACUUGGGCAAUGAUGUCCUGCGUGGUGCCACACCCCAAACUUCAGCUCAGGUCCUCCAGUGGGUGAGCUUUGCUGACUCAGAGGUUGUCCCUCCAGCCAGCACAUGGGUGUUCCCUACCUUGGGAAUUAUGCAGUUCAACAAACAGGCCACAGAGCAGGCAAAAGAGGAUGUGAAGAAGGUGCUUGGAGUGCUCAACCAACACCUGAAUACUCGUACCUUCCUAGUUGGGGAGAGGGUCACCCUUGCUGACAUCACUGUGGCCUGCUCCAUGCUGUGGCUUUACAAGCAGGUUCUUGAACCAUCUUUCCGUCAGCCUUAUCCCAAUGUGACUCGUUGGUUUGUCACAUGUGUUAACCAGCCCCAGUUCAAGACUGUCCUAGGAGAGGUCAAGCUGUGUGAAAAAAUGGCUCAGUUUGAUGGUGCGUCACCUUCUGCUAAAAGGUUUGCUGAGAUGCAGCCCAAAAAGGAUGCACCUCCCAAGAAAGAGAAGGCUGGAAAAGAGGCAGCCAAGCCUCAGGAGAAGAAAGAGAAGAAAAAGGAGGAGAAGAAGCCUGAACCAGAAGAGAUGGAUGACUGUGAUGCUGCUUUGGCUGCAGAGCCCAAAACCAAGGAUCCCUUUGCAGAGCUACCCAAGAGCGCGUUUGUCAUGGAUGAGUUCAAAAGAAAGUACUCCAAUGAGGACACCUUAACAGUAGCCAUUCCUCAUUUCUGGGAAAACUUUGAUCCAGAGGGGUACUCAAUCUGGUAUGCAGAGUACAAAUAUUCAGAAGAGCUUGCAGAGGUCUUCAAAAGCUGCAACCUUAUCUCAGGGAUGUUCCAGCGUCUUGACAAACUCAGAAAGAAUGCUUUUGCUAGUGUUCUUUUGUUUGGUACCAACAACAACAGCUGCAUCUCUGGAAUCUGGGUCUUCAGAGGCCAAAACCUGGCUUUCACUCUAUCUCCAGACUGGCAAAUUGACUAUGAAUCAUAUGACUGGCGCAAGCUGGAUCCUAACAGUGAGGAGUGCAAGACCAUGGUGAAGGAAUACUUCUCAUGGGAGGGAGAAUUCAAGCAUGUGGGCAAAGUCGUCAACCAGGGCAAAAUCUUUAAAUGAGUGGACAGCGGCACAGUUUGAACAAAAGCACUUUGCGCUUGUGCUUGCGAAGCUUCCCACCAUACAGACUUUGAGCCGUCAGGUUCUAACACAACUGAAACUGAUGGUGUUUUGGAUUUGUCUGUGGUUCCAACCUUGUUUUGUUGUCAUCUUCAAAAUAAAGUUUUCCACAAUGCUAUUGUA